AUGAAAAGGGAGAUGAUAAUGUCAGUGGAGGCGCGCAAUCAGAGACAGUCUAUCAUUGCAUUCAAUCGCAGAAAACGUAUUAAACGUCACAUUAAUUCGCAGUAUAAUAAGGAUUGUAUUAAAUCUGAGACAAAAUCAACACAACGUCAUGAAGUGAUGUCCACCACUGACACCAUCUCCAGCACCGAUACAAACGUACACAUUAUGUCCAAUGAUAGCGAUUACUGUGGCUAUGAUUUUACAGAGUUAUCACUUAUACCUACCGGUGAUGUAAAUGAGAUGUUAUACGAGAAGGCAUUUAUACUGGGAAUGAAUGUCAUGUCUAUCGCUCGUCCCAUCACUGAUCGCAAUAUAUUCAAUGAAUUAGAGGGCAAUCGGUUUCGGGAACUGUUAAUAGCUAUGAAUAUAACUGACAAUCAGUUAUUGGGAAAUAUCAAUACAUUACCGGUUGAGACAUACAAUGAUUUCGUCAAAAUUGCGGACAUUCAGCGAGAAAUAGACAUUAAAUACUUGGCCAGAAGUUGGACCACACCAUUGAUGACAGCAAUAGUAUUGUUCAAUCCCUAUCGUCCGGGACUUAAAUACAAAGCAAUCGUUAAACUACAGCAACACAUUUACAUGCAUUUACUUAAACGGUAUUUAAUGAUGAAAUACGGGACCGAAAGUGAGGCCAACGAGAAGUUUAUGCACUUGUAUUACUUGGAUAUGAAAUGCAAACAAUCACUGUUGCAGAGACCAUACCAUCCGCUCCCACCACUGCUCCGGGAGAUCAUACAGACAUAA